AUGUUUGAUGCACUUAUUGGUGCUGGACUUGAUAGAGGAAUACAAAUAAAAAUGGUUGAGAAUGCUGUGGCUAAGGAUAAGGGAGAUAAUGAAGACGGAACUUCUUUGGCCAAAAGAGGUGUUUUGAAUAGAAGGGUGCUUAAUCUACAAAAAAUAUUUAAUACUGGAGUUAUGCAUUCUAAAGUUAUUGUUGCUGAUAAUAAACAUUUUUAUUUGGGAUCUGCUAAUUUGGAUUGGCGUUCUCUGACACAAGUAAUUAAUUUAUUAGAGUUUACCAAAAUUCACGCUUACUAA